ACCUUAUUAGGAUGCGUGCUGGCGCGGACAACUUCCGGUGCGCUAGUCAAACAAACAGAAGUCAUCUCCUUGUCAUUGCGAUCAUCAUGUCGGCUUUGAGGAUUCUCCUGGUGGUCUUAUCGGCGUCCCUGUGCCCCGGAGACUCCAUGUCCAUCAAAGACCCUCUGUCAUCCGUGAAUCAUAAUUCCCUGAAGGCCAUCUGCUCAGAUUGCAAGCAGCUCAUUCAGCUCUCUGCUAACCUGAUUCCCAGCGUAGACAGUAAGGGGCGCAUGUACGAAACCUUGCUUGCACUCUGCCAGCACCUCCCGGACAAACAAGCGCUGGAAUGUCACUCUCAGGUGAAGAUCUACUUGCCCAAAAUCCUGCUGCAACCAGCUGCUGAUGGGGAAGUGGACGCAACCUGCGCGGCCUUUGGAUUGUGCGCUGUCCACAUCGAUGAGGAAGUGGUGGCGCUUCCUGACCAGGACAAAGAGGAGCAUGUGCCUGCGCUCACCAACAGCAAUAUGAAAGAGCAGUUGAACCCAGCUUGCACCCUGUGCGUGUUCAUCAUCAAGAAACUGGAGACUCUGUUGCCCCAAAAUAUGACUGAGGGCGCUUUGAUGAAGCUCAUGGACGAGGUCUGCGACCUCCUCCCUAAGAGUUACAAGAACGAGUGCGACGACUUUGUGGAGAAAUACGGCGUACAGAUCGUGGAGUUCCUGCUGUCUUCGGCCGCCCCUCACACCAUUUGCACGCUGCUGCACGUCUGUUUGUUCGGGGACUCGCUUGCUUCAGAGGCGCCCGCCGCCCCGUCAGACUGCGAUUCCUGCCGUACGCUGGCUGCGCUGAGCCGACUUGGGCUGGCCACCAACGCCACAAAGCCUCAGACGUCGUCUUUCCUUGAGUCUGUGUGCGGUCGUCACCCGAAUGCCAUCCCAAAGUGUGAGGAGUUCACCAGAAUCUACGGCGCGAGACUGCAGCAGUUUUGGGGGAAGGAGGUGCACCAGAAAGACAUUUGUGAAAGGGCUGAUUUGUGCACUGCCAAGAAGUCCCAGCUGCUGGGGAGCAACCCCUGCACUUGGGGGCCAAGCUACUGGUGCAGAGACACAAACACGGCUCACAAGUGCGGCAAUGUGGCCUUCUGCGAGAAGCACAUGUGGAACAAGUGACGAGCUCAAUCAAGCACGUACACAAAGUCACAAAGUAUUUGUUUCAAAUACUUCACAUUUUCUAAUUUUUGUCUGCAUGAAACUACAACUGGCAGCGGGAUUCAAUUAGGACCACUAUUUGUUCAGAAUUGUUCAGUUGUAAUCUAAUGAAUGUGAAAACUUUACGUGGUUGAUAUUAAACAUCUUCCGUUUC